AUGUCCGACGUCCCACCAACCGAGUCCAUUCCCAAACCAGAGGAACCUAAAGAACCACAACAGUCUCCUCAGCAACCUCAGUUCCAGCAAGUACCUCCGAAUUACUACCAAUUUCCACCUCAAGGUUACUACCCACCACAAGGCUUCCCGAACUACCCUCCUCAGCCUAUGCCUUACUUCCCCAACCCUUGGAUGUUUAUGCAAAACCCUGCCCCACAAUUCCAAUUCCAAUCUCAGUCCAAGAGAGACCAAGACUUCGAAGAAGGUCUGAACCGCUUACGCAAAGAGUAUGCUACAGCUCCAAUUGAGAGAAAGUUGUUCCCGGACCAAAAAAUAUAA